AUGUCGGAAGCGUACGAGCGCGAGCGCCAGAACAACGCCCGCCUGGACGAGCUCUCGGCCAAGGUCUCCGCGCUGCGCGGCGUCACCAUCGACAUCUACGACAAUGCGCGCGCCCAGGACGUCAUUGACAACACGUCCGAGACCUUCUCGUCCAUGACCUCGCAGAUGAAGGGCUCCGCCAGCAGGCUCACCCGCAUGGCCGCCUCGGGCAACAAGGUUGCCAUCCUGAAGCUCGCCGGCAUCAUCAUCGCCGUCUUCAUCGUGCUGUACUACGGGCUGAAGCUCUUCUUUUGA